CACAUGCCUCGUUACAUUCAUCUAAAAUAAAUAUAUUUCAUUAUACUUUAUUGAUCGAAUUCAUCCUUUGUUCAAUUGACACUUGAAUACGUUUACAUUCAUAAGAAUGGACACCUUACCGGAAGAGUGUUUGUUGCACUUACUUUCGUUCGUGUCACUUGACCGCAGUUCCUUAUACUCUUUGAUGUUCACAAGCACUACCUUGUUCCGUCUUGUAGCUCCAAUCCUCUACAGAAAUCCGUUCGGCCUCCUUGACGGUCAAGCUAAACGUCGCCAAGACCUUUUAUACCUCUUAUUGCGAUGCACUCCAGAUACACUACAAUCUCUGCCAUCCAACAACCAUGGAGCAACACUUUUAUCCCCUCCCUUGCUUGACUAUCUCUCCUUUUACAAGGUUCAUUCCGAAAAACAUUUCUACGGCGUCUUCUCCGAAACCAUGCCUCUCACAUUAACUGGAGUCGCAUUGCACCCACAAGGCAGAAAAACUCAGAGCAGACUGGCUCAAUCUUCUGGCAACCCAGAGAGUAGAACUAAAAGAGCUGCAGCUUCUCUGAAUAAUCUUGUAGAGAUGAAUGUUCCUACGUCAACUGCAGUCGCCCACAACAAUAGGCAAGGGCCAUCUCCUCCAGUUGAUCUUCAUCAGUUACGUACCAAGAUCCAUCUCGGCCUGCUUGGCCACACCCCUGAAAACAUUCACACCAUUAGUUUUUCUAUUCAUAAGAUCUCUAUCCUGGAACCGCUUGUCAAUCGGCUAUCUGGCCUUGUCCAUCUGAAAUUGUCCAAGAGGAAUGCGCCACGCGCUCUUGAUGGCGCUGUUAACUUUAUUACUAUUCACCGACGCCUAUUCACCACACUCCAAGAGAUAACCCUUGAGAAUGAAAGGCUAGCCGAGCCAGAGGACCUGUCCUGCUUACUUCAAACCAUGGUGGAGCCGCGAGUAAUCGACGUUAGCCAUUGGAAGGAUGCAAGUCGCUAUAUCAGUCGGUUUCCACUUCAGCGUUGCAAUACCCUGAUCAUGCAUCUGAUUGCGUCCACAGAACUCUCUGAGCUUAACCCAAGCUUUCUUUCCACAUUUACAGCUCUUCACACCAUCCGGAUGCCCGUCUUUCAUCAGAGCAUGUUUUCAUGGGCUGCAGCCAGGAAAGGCAGCGCCAAUGAGCCCAUGAACAAGCCUACAUCUCAUCAGUCAAUAGCUGUAGAGAACGCUCGAUAUAAAUCCAUAAGACUCUAUGGCAAAGAUGGAAAGCUGGUCCCCGCACUCACAGACGCUGCGGAUGCAUUUCGCGAAUCGCUGCGAGAGCUAGUAGGACAGUCAUCUUUUGCUGAUCCUACAACUAUGGUCUUGUCUUGGGAUUGGUUGAUGCCUUGUCUUACUCGCCUUGACUUGGAAGGAACAGUUGCUGUAAACUUUGAUUUGAAUUCUCUUCAUUACUGCUCUGUCCUCGAAGAGUUGCGUCUUAACAUUGCACGCAAGAUCCCUGAGGCCUGGGAUGUCCAAUCCAAAGUUAAACAGCUGAGCAAUGUCUCCCAUUGCCUGCGACGGCUGUGCCUUGAAGGAUACUGGGAUUUUCCUGACUCUGCUCUAAAGCAGACUCUACUACCGGUCUUGAAGCGGCUACAUCGUUUAGAUCUGACGUGGUGUCGAGGGCCUACAACGGGCUGCUGGAUUGAGCUUUUACCACAAUUAACAAACCUCCUUUGGCUUGCUCUCAGCACCUCGGAAGAGAAACGCGAUCAACUGGCUUACCUUAAACGCAGACAUAAACUUAGUGUAGAGAUUGACAUCGCCUUACUUUUUGAACGUAACAGUGUAGCGCCGCUAAGCCAAUAAAUUAGUGAAUCCUAG